AUGACGAUAAUAUCAGACAUCGCCUCUAAAGUGAAGAGUAUUCGCUUAGUACCUCCUACGGAAGAGGAAAUAUCCUCGUCAAAACGAAAUCUCGAUAGUUCAAAGCAGUCCCAGCCGGAACCGAAACGGCCCGUCCUCGAGAUCACGUCUUACGACCGCUUCACUCCACUAAGUCCGACACCCGAUCUCGAAUACGACUGCCGCAUAACCAAUAACCCAUCUGAAGAACUCCGCAAAACAUGUACAGGGCUUGACGCCGUUUUGCAAGAAGAGCUCAUGAGCCGGAGCUCGUUUAGCAACAUGGUCACACAGGCUGAAAGCGACAUAAGACGUCUUAUGGAGGUGGAAGACGUGAGGACUCUUCGGUCAGGUGAGACGGCUAUUGUGAGGGUAGGAUGUCUCUGCGGGAGCGGCCAUCAUCGCAGUGUAGCGUUUGCAGAGAAGCUGGGACAGGUGCAGUGGUGUGAGCAAGGGGAGUGGGAAGUCAGAGUCUCGCAUCGGAACUUAACCAGCGGAGUUGAAGAGACGAAAAGAAUUAGAGGUGAAAAGAGUAAGAGGAAGGAAAAUAAAGAUACGGAAAAGGGAGGAUAUUCAUAG